AUGCCUAUUUUAUCCCAUUGCACCAUCUUCUACAUUAUCACGCACCUAACUCUCAUUACAGGCUACGUCGACAAGAUGGUCCAAGCAUCUGUCGGCCGGGCUUCCGACUACGACGGAAAUCCCGAUCCCUCAGAUCCAGCCGUCAGGCCGCAGACAACGUUUGUCUACACGCACAUAUCCCUGCGCAAGUACCUAUCUCCUAGCUUCGUCGCCAUCGGGUUCUCCGUUGAUGAUGUAUCUGCCACGUAUCUCCCUGCAGCUCUUUAUCGGCCCGCUACUAGUGAGAUGAUUGACAACCCCGUUACCGGUUACUCAACUUAA